AUGCAGCGUCGUCCGAGAAUAAGUCAUGUGUCUAGAGUUAAGAAAGUUCAACGACAUCAUCGACGUGGAAAUGCACAGCAAAGAUUAACAGAGCAUCAUGAGGCAGAAAAUCAAAUGCGGACUUCACAAUUAUCGAAUGUAGAUGCUGUAGUAGAAAAAGUCAAUUCAAUAUCUUCAACGCGUAAUUUGUCGGUUGGAAUAAGGAAACAACCAUCAGUUAGUGUAUCAGUCAUACGUAUUCCUUCGUUGAAAGCUCAAUCAUCCAUUGGUGAUAACCAUGGUUCAGAUUUUCAAAAUAAUUCUUUACAACAAUUGAAUAUGACAUCUUCACAUUAUGAUGUGCAGAAGACAGUGGUCCAAUCGAAUAGAUUUGACAAUAUUGCAUCGAAUAAUAUGAGACCUUUCAGUUUUACUCGUCGGAGACAGACGAUCGUACCAUCAAAUAGUUUUGAUUUCAAUGAUUUGAAAAGAUUUUCAACAGAGACGAAUAGUUCAAUACCUAAUUUUUAUGCAAGGAACGAUAUUUGGCAUAAAACUUCGAAUGCAUCUUUAAUCGACCGUAAUAAUCGUAUGACAAAUCUCAUCAAUCGUGAUAAAGAGAGAGACAAUGAGACACGACGACGUCGUCGUUGUGGAGGAUGCUGGAUUUUUUGUUGUUCAUGUUGUUCACCGUGUUGUUGCUUAUUAACAGGCAUAUCUUUAACUUUACUUGCCGCUAUUAUAGCAGCAUUAAUCGGAGUACUUAUUAUAACAACGGCAAACAGGACUACAUCAACAACAACAACGACUACAAGUAGUAGUACGAGUACAACGACGUCUGCAACAACGACAACAACGACAUCAGUAACGACAACAACUUCAUCUACUAGUACUUCGUCGUCCACAACUUCAACAUCAUCAUCAUCAACAUCGACAUCAUCUAGUAGUUCAACGUCGACAUCAUCUAGUAGUUCAUCAUCUACAAGUUCAACAUCGACAUCAUCUAGUAGUUCAUCAUCUACGAGUUCAACAUCGACAAGUUCGACGUCAACAUCCAGCACUACUUCAUCAUCAACAUCAGUUACUACUGUAACGACAACGACUAGAACAACUACUUCCGUGACAACUGCAACAACUACUACAACUAAAACAACUACAACAACUGCAUCAACUGUUACAAUUACUUCCAAUACAUGUACUGCUGGAUGGAAAGGUGUUACUGUACUUUAUCAUUGCACUAGUUGUCCAAAUAUAGUACCAUAUACACAAUACACAUAUACUUAUACAGCUAUUUCAAAUCGAACUCGUAUUGCAUUCGCUUUUCGCGAAGAUGAAGGUUGUUUUGCACUUGAUGCUGUAUCUGUACGUCGCUUAACAGCGCCAACUAUUGAAUUGAUUGCAAAUAAUGAUUUUGAAACUGGUACAUUAUCAUCAUGGACUUAUUGUAAUCCAAAUAGUGCAUCAAGUGCUGGUGAAGUUAUACCAAACUCAGAUAAUUUUCAAUGUAUGACUUCUACAUACCAAGCUAAAUCAGGUAGUUAUUUUUAUUAUGAUGGAGCAGUUGGAAAUUGUGAUUAUUUAAUUCAAACGUUUUCAACAAUUGUUGGUCAAACAUAUACUAUUUCAUAUUGGUUAUACAAUCGAGGCAAUACUGCCUACCCGAGUAGUGCCGAUGUCAUAAUUAGUAUUUAG